UGAGGCUGUUACUAGCAAUUUCCGUGCUGGUCACGGGAACACUGGCGGUUGUGACUGAUCAUCAAUUUGAAAUGCUCGCCAAGAAAGUCGAAGAUCUAACUAGACAGCUCAUGUUAACAGAACUGUCGAUCGGAGAAAGAGCACGUGCCGAUUCUGACUCUGGAAUCAAACAGAUACGUACUACCCAAGAUGGUACAAAAUCAUACUUUACACAAACCCACAGUUAUAAUUCUGUCUGUUCUAUUCAUGAACAUUCAAAUUACGACAGAACUGUCGGAAUGGGAGAAUUUAUUGCUACGAUGAAUGGUGUAGAAUUUAGAACGAGACAUAAUGAUUACAAAUUGCGCAUGCCCAGCAAAACAUCUAAACAUUAUAACCAACAGGACGAUAUUCCUUUCCCUCCUGUACCGCCAUCCGUACUGGCCAAACACAAUCUACAAGAACAAGUUCAUGAAAUGCAAAACUAUUUCCGUGCCUUUGCAUUUCAAAAUCAUAAUUUUAGAGACUAUAGACCAUACUUCAAACCGGUUUUGUGUUAUUUAGAGGGUACAUGGACAACAAGUACAAAGUCAAUUGACGAACCAUUUCAAAGCGAUCGUCAUUCCAUCGAUGCUGAGAGCUGGUUUGACUUACAAGAAAAGAUCCGAUUUACAUCUUACACUGGAGGAAAACACUACCUGGAGAAUUUCUCAUACCUUCCAACAACAAUCAUGAAUAUGAUCAAUGGUACUCCCGAGUAUGCGCAAUGGAACUAUAGGAUAUCAUGCCAUCCAUUGUCAUUUGAUCUACCUUUAUCCGCAAUUAAACCAGUUGAUGAUAUGGCAGGAAGGAUUGGACACAAAAUGAACUUGACAAGAUAUGCACAUACAAGAUCAGCAAGAUUUACACUUGCUAGAAGAUUUGGGAGAGAAAAUCAUUUCCAAUGGGAAGAUGGAUUCGGUAAUUUUAAAGAUUCUGCUUAUCAUAAUGGUAUUCUCGAUAAAAUUAUGAAUGAAAUCCCAGGAAAAGACAACUAUGGGGCUGUCCUCCACGAUAAUACGUUUGGAAUGGACACAUUAGAUCCUCAUAAAGUAAAUGCCACUCUUCUCAAUACCGCCUACUAUCAUCGACGUUUCAAACACGAUAAAAAAGGAGCAAUGGGUAUAAGAGAUGUCCAUCGUGGAUUCUCUGAUAGUAACUUGUUCGUUGCUCAGACGUCGAACCCAAAGGUUGCUCCCAUGAAAAUACAUUACUGUGCAAAAAAUGAACAUACUCACCACAAAGAAUGUAAAACUGAAGCAGUCAGGUAUACCUACGCUAUUCCACUAGAACUUAUUUAUUUGACUCCUUUAUUUAGUUGGAAUCCUCACAACCUUAAGUAUAUAGACAGGAGAGACCGUAGAGGACAACAAGCAAUAAGUGAAGGUGGUAAAAGGAAUGGCGGUACAACAGUAGAUAAAGCAUAUAAUGGUACAAGUUAUAAAUUGUUCUAUAAAACACCCGUCGAAUUUUUCCAUGGUACAAACGUCGAUAAGGAUAAAGCCGAUACUGAUAGAGGAGCAGUGGGUGUACUCGACAGACAAGGUGCUCUUAAGAAAGUAGUUUCGUCCGGUCAACGUAUAACACUCCCAGAUAUUCCUGGUGUUGGAAAGCUUCGACUUAGAUACCCCAUUAUGCCUGUCACUCGGGAAGGUAAUCAGGUUGGAAAGGAGCUUGAUGCGGUUAAGGACGUAUUGAAUCACUUGAAAAAUUUUGGUGGCUAUCUUGAUCAAAAACCGAGUGCACUUGCUGGAAGUGGACUAACACAAGCUGACUCACACUUCCGAACAUCUGUCACCAACCAAGACCCACCCGGCCAUCAUUUCCAUGAGUUAUAUAUAGACUAUGAUGACAUGCAGGAUUUGGCUAAAGGCCUGACAGUAACAGUAGGAACUACAACCGACAACUCACAUUCUCAUCAACUCGAGAUAAGCUAUGACGCAAACACACAUACAUAUAAAAUACACAAGUGUGAUGGCAAAGCUACUUGUUGGGAUGGUCACUCAGCUGAUCUUUACUCUUUGGAUUAAGAAGGUGCUCAAU